CCCACCCAUCCAUAGUUGUUCGCAAUCCAUUGCAAGAGUCAGUCAGUCACCCGACUCUCUCGCAAUUGAUCUUCUUCUGGUCUUUUCUUUCUUCCCUCUACUACGCAGCCAAUUCCUACCGAAACAUCCCUCUAUACCACCCUAUUCCUACCACCCGCCUACCCUCUCCCACGUACUACUUACACAUACAUUCAUACAUACACAAUGGCCCAAGAGACGACGCGCGACGGCUCCGACAGCCCCUCGGGCUCAGUCAGUCCCCCCAUUGCCAACGGCACCAACAACAAGAAGGACAAGAAGAGCAGCAAGAAGCGCGCCCACUCCAGCGGCGAGAGGCGAUCCAGCGUUAGCAAGCCCGCCCGCGACCCCUCGGACAAGCCCGAAGAGUCACCCUCCAAGAAGAAGAAGAGAAAGACCACCUCCUCCACCGCCGCCGCCGCCGUCCCCUCCACCAUCACCGAAGAAGUCUCCCCAUCCACCUCGGUGACCCGCUCCCCUUCGCCCGUCAUCGACUUUGACGGCCUAAGUCGCCCCUCCCGCGGCACCCGCGAGCGUCUGGAGGAAACCGAAGCCCAAAAGCAGGAGCGCCUCGACAAGAUGAAGGGCGCCGUCCGCACCCUGCUCGAAUGCAUCGGCGAGGACCCGGACCGCGAAGGUCUCCUCGCCACGCCCGAGCGCUACGCCAAGGCCAUGCUCUUCCUGACCAAGGGCUACCAGGAGAACGUGCGCGACAUUGUCAACGGGGCCAUCUUCCAGGAGGGCCACAACGAGAUGGUGAUUGUUAAGGACAUUGAGGUCUUUUCCAUGUGCGAGCACCACCUGGUUCCCUUCACAGGCAAGAUGCAUAUCGGGUACAUCCCCAGCAACGCGGUGAUUGGCAUUAGCAAGCUGCCGCGGAUUGCGGAGCUGUUUGCGCGCCGGCUGCAGAUCCAGGAGCGGUUGACCAAGGAGGUGGCGAAUGCCAUUAUGGAAAUCCUCAAGCCGCAGGGUGUUGCGGUCGUCAUGGAGAGUAGCCAUUUAUGCAUGGUCAUGAGAGGCGUUCAAAAGACGACGAGCAGUACCAUUACCAGCUGUGUGUUGGGCUGCUUUGAGUCGAGGGAGAAGACGAGGCUCGAGUUCUUGAGCUUGAUUGGCGUCAACCGUUAAGCUUGCUUUCCUAGAGAGCAGGUCGUGCUUCAUUCGGAUAUACCACCCUUAGUCGAGCGCGGCCUUGUUCCAGCUAGACACAAACAAAAGAGGAGG